CGACCACCAGAACGGACACGAGUGCGAAUUGACAGCUGCCCAGCAUGGUUACGACGAGAAGCAUGAAGAGCGGGCAAAAGUCGGCAUCGGCACAGGGGGCCACCGGCGAGCAGACCAUCCCGGAGCCGGCGAAGCCCGCACUCUCUACGGAGGAGAAGAAGAAGCCAGACCCCCCGCCAACCGGUGCGUCCGCCGAAGAUGCGAGCAAACAGGAGCCACAGCUACGCACGUAUAGAGGCAACUGUCAUUGCAAAGCCUUCGUCUACGAAGUGGAACUGCCGGAGAUCAAGUUUGUCCUCGAGUGCAAUUGCAGCAUCUGCCACAAGAAGGGCUACCUCUGGGUCUUCCCCGAAGAGGGCAGGUUUAAGAUCGUCAAAGGCACCGACGACACCCUCGCCCGGUACACCUUUGGACCAAAGAAGCUUACGCAUAGGUUCUGCCCGACUUGUGCUACCCCAGUCAUGGGAGAGUUUGUCGAGGGGGACAAGCGCGCCCUUAACGUCCGAGCCAUACAGGGCAUCAGCACUUGGGCCCUGGAGAAGCAGCCCUACGACGGCGCGGCCCUAGGUGAAAAGCAUGUGCCCCCGGAGCACAAGGGUCCCCUUCCUCCGGCCAUCGACGGCCACAAGUUGUACACGGGUUCAUGCCAUUGCGGGGCCGUGACCGUGGCCUUUAUGAGCAAGCCACUCGACGAGACGUUCACCGACCUCACGGCCGAGUGCAAUUGCAGCAUCUGCGGACGGAACGGCUAUCGAUGGACCUACCCAAGCAACAAGCGGGUCGUCUUGUUCGCCAGCGAUGAAGGCAACCUGGGGCGAUACAGCUUUGCGCGCCACGUCCUCAACAAGACGUUCUGCAGAAUUUGCGGCGUAUGCAUGACAAACGAGUACAAUGACCUGAGCGACGAGGAGCGCAAGGCGCUGGGGGCGCUGCCCGCCCGCGGGUUCGCCAAGAGUAUGAAGACGCAGCACCCGCUAAACCUGCGCGUUUUCUCGAAUGUGGACUUGGCCAGGCUGAGGGCGCCCAAGCUGAACGACGGGGCCAAGAUUAUUUCGCCGCGGUAUGUGAAUCCGUAG